CGGCUCCGGCCCGGCGGCCUCGGCGCUUUCUGCGGGCACGAUGUCGCCUCCGAAAGGGACACAGUCUCGGCCAUUCUCUGACAUGGGAAUGAACUGUCCACCCCAUGAAGCUCUCAGGCCUUAGAAGAGGGUGUCUGUAAGAAAAACUGCCUUCCCAGUAGGUCUGAAACAGGCCAUCUCCCAAGAAAAUGUCAGCUUGCUGUUCAAGUUGUACUGCCUCACAGUGAUGACCCUGGUUGCUGCAACGUACACGGUCGCACUGCGGUACACGAGGACAGUGGAGGCAGAUCUGUACUUCUCAACCACAGCUGUGUGCAUCACUGAAGUUAUCAAGUUGUUCUUGAGUGUGGGCAUGUUAGCUAAAGAAACUGGAAGUCUGACAAGGCUAAUAACAUCUUUAAAGGAAAAUGUGUUUGGAAGUCAUAAAGAACUGCUAAAAUUAAGUGUUCCAUCUUUGGUGUAUGCUCUCCAAAAUAAUAUGGCGUUUGUGGCUCUUAGCAACUUGGAUGCAGCAGUCUACCAGGUGACGUACCAGCUGAAGAUCCCUUGCACAGCUUUAUGUACAGUCCUGAUGCUAAACCGUUCCCUUACUAAGCUGCAGUGGUUCUCUGUCUUCAUGCUCUGUGGGGGUGUGACCCUUGUGCAGUGGAACCCUGCUCAGGCUACAAAAGUACAGGUGGAGCAAAACGCAUUGGUGGGGUUUGGAGCAAUUGCUGUUGCUGUAUUGUGUUCAGGAUUUGCAGGAGUUUAUUUUGAGAAGGUCUUGAAGAGUUCAGAUACUUCCUUGUGGGUGAGGAAUAUUCAGAUGUACCUAUCUGGGAUUGUGGUGACUUUAUUUGGUGUGUACAUGUCAGACAGAGCCCAAGUUCUUGAGAAGGGGUUCUUCUAUGGCUAUACUUACUACGUCUGGCUUGUCAUCUUUCUUGCCAGUGUAGGUGGCCUCUACACUUCUAUUGUUGUUAAGUACACAGAUAACAUCAUGAAAGGCUUUUCUGCAGCAGCAGCCAUUGUUCUUUCUACUGUGGCAUCAGUUGUCCUCUUUGGCCUCCAGAUAACUCUCAGCUUCUCCCUGGGUGCUCUCCUGGUGUGUAUUUCCAUUUACCUCUAUGGAUUACCUCGACAAGACACCACCAAAAUCCAGUCCUCAGAGACAACGAGCCCAAAAGAGAGACUUGCUGCUGUGUGACGUUGCCCAGAAAAAUGGACAAAGUAAAUGACUUUGCAAAAAAACCCUGCAUUUUUUUAAAAAUUAGCCUUAAGCUAGUCAUGAAGUGGUUUGAGUGGGGUAGACUAAAAGCAGAAGUUAGCUCUGUUUUACAUGGGAGAUUUCCAGUUGCUGAUGCUGCAUUACGGCCGAGGAGCUGGAUGGGUCUUUUACUGGAGGUUUUCUUCAUUUGCAUCAGACUGUGAAGAGUCCCAUUUCCAAGGAAAGCAGAAUGAAGGAACUGAACACUCAAUUGUAUAUAAUGUAUAUAAUGGGGGGAAAUUGAUUCUUUGUGUAUUUGAUAAACUGUCUUGCUCUUUUGAGGGGAGAAAUGCCCACGAGCUUCAUAAAAAUAUAUUAAAGAGAGCAAUUAUUGCCAGCA